AUGCCCGCUAUCCAGAACCUCCACUCUUUCAACCCUUUUGCUGAUGUAAGUAAGGGUGAUGAUCUGCUUCCUGCCAGCAGUGAGGAUUAUAUCCAUAUAAAAAUUCAACAGAGGGGAAACAGCAGGAAGACCCUUACCACCGUCCAAGGGAUCGCUGAUGAUUACGAUAAAAAGAAACUAGUGAAGGCGUUUAAGAAGAAAUUUGCCUGCAAUGGUACUGUAAUUGAGCAUCCAGAAUAUGAAGAAGUGAUUAGGCUACAGGGUGACCAGCACAAGAACAUUUGCCAGUUCCUUGUGGAGACUGGACUGGCUAAGGACGACCAGCUGAAGGUUCAUGGGUUUUAAGUGCUUUUGGCUCUCUGAAGCCUAAGUGAGGAUAUCAUUGCAAUGAGUAGAAUUUCCCUCCUGUCCCUUGUCACAAAUUUAAAAACCUCACAGCUUGUAUAAUGUAACCAGUUGGGGUCUGCUUUUAACUUGGACUAGUGUAACUUCAUGCAAUAAACUGAAAAGAGCCAAAAACAAACAAACAAACAAA